UUCGUAUCGAUCACUUCCUGUUCAUGCGUUGUUUGAACAUCAUCAUUAUCAUGUUUUGACUUUCGCAGAAUAACUAACUACUUUAAAAUAUAUUUAUAUUUUAGAGUCCUUAAAUCUCUCGUUUUAGGCUUGGUUUAUGAUGAUUACGCAUUAAUGGGGAGAGCAUAAUCUGAUAUUUGACUUUUUCACCGGUGUGUUUUCUCAGAUUAAUUUUCACACGUCAAACUGCGAGAGGAAGUGUUCAGAUAUAUAUAGUGAGGAGAGAGAUGCCGCAAACAAAAACCAAAUUUCGAUCAUAACUCUUCCUAAACCUUAAACCUAGUCACAUUCUUUCUCAAACCCCCUUCACUUUGUGUUGUCGUUUGUUCUUUACUGAAAAACAUGAAGUUCUGCAAAAAAUACCAGGAAUACAUGCAAGGCCAGGAGAAGAAGCUUCCAGGCGUAGGAUUCAAGAAGCUCAAGAAAAUCUUGAAGAGGUGCAGGAAAAACUCUCCAUCUCAGAAACCCCUUAAUGCACCCCUUGCCGCCAAAACCUGCCCAGACCAAUGCCCAGUGUGCGAUGGAACCUUCUUCCCUUCCCUUCUGAAUGAAAUGUCAGAUGUAGUGGGGUGUUUUAAUCAGCGUGCGCAGAAAUUGUUGGAGCUGCAUCUCGCUUCUGGCUUCAGAAAGUACUUUUUCUGGAUCAAAGGCAGAUUGCAAGGAAACCAUACUGCUCUGGUUCAAGAAGGCAACGAUCUUGUCACUUAUGCACUCAUAAAUGCCAUUGCAAUUAGAAAAAUACUCAAGAAAUAUGAUAAGAUUCAUUAUUCGAAGCAAGGGCAAUUAUUCAAGUCGCAGGUCCAGAGUAUGCACAAGGAGAUUCUUCAGAGUCCCUGGCUUUCUGAGCUUAUGGCCUUCCACAUCAAUUUAAGGGAAACUAAGGUCAAGUCAAGGAAGGCACAUGCUCUGUUCGAUGGAUGUUCUCUCACAAUUAAGGAUGGGAAGCCCUCCCUUACUUGUGAGCUCUUCGAUUCUAUCAAAUUGGAUGUUGACUUGACUUGUUCUAUAUGCUUGGACACAGUGUUUGAUCCAGUUUCUCUGACUUGUGGCCACAUAUUCUGCUAUAUCUGUGCUUGCUCGGCUGCAUCAGUAUCUAUUGUUAACGGACUUAAGUCUGCAGAUUCUAGAAAGAAAUGUCCUCUGUGCCGCGAGGACUCUGUAUAUGAAGGUGCUGUUCACUUGGAAGAACUGAAUAUUCUGUUAGGCAGAAGCUGUCAGGAAUACUGGGAGCAGAGGCUUGAGACUGAGAGGGUGGAGAGGAUUAAGCAAAUAAAGGAACACUGGGAUUCACAGUGUAGGGCAUUCGUAGGUGUCUAAGUUGAACACAGAAUUUUCCUAACUUCUUUGUAGAGUAUAAGGUUUGUUGUUUUAGUCUGAAAUUAAAGUAUGCAUGUUUGAUUGUUGUUAUGCAUGUAACAUUGUGAAUAAGGUGAAGCCGCCUUUAAACUGUGCAUAAAUUUGUUGGUGGUGGCAAUGUUUUUACUUCUUGCCUGACGUAUA